ACUCGUGUUGACUACCUGACUUGUCCUUGACUUGGUUAUUUUCCAUGAUGUUGAGUGUAUUUCUCUGCUAUUCUGAAGUGAAAUUAUUGCAAAUGAUUUUUGAUUCUUCUGUUGUGUGUGUACCUUGCCUUGUGUUUUUUGAUCUCUGUGUGUGUUGCAAUUUGACCUUUGAUUGAUUGAACCUCGAAUUCUGAAUGGUAUCAUGCUGUUUGUUUCUGUUUUUUCUACCUGCUCAUUUCUCACUUAAUUGUCCUUGUUUUUAUUUUUGCUAUAUUGUUGAGUGUGUUGUUCUGAACUGAAAUAAUUGCAAAUGGUUCUUGAUUUUUCUCUGAUGUUGCCUGUACCCUGCCUAGUGCUCUUUUUAUUAUCUUUGUUGAAACUGUGUGUCUUAUGUGACUUAUAAAAUUGUUUUCGCACUUGAUUUCGAAUCAGUUUUGCUUCUAUGAUUCUCUCUGUCUCUCUGUGCAAAUAUUUGUUUUUCUACCUGAAAUGUUUCUCUGUUUGGUGUUACACUUUGAUUUGAAUAUCUUGCCUUUGAGUGACAAUUUGCUACUUUUUCUGAUCUGAAAUUGUUGUUAUAUAUGCACCUGCUGUGUGUAUCUCGUACUCUGCCUGAUGCUCUCUUCAUUAUGCAUUCACUUUUAUUGAAUUUAUUUGUUUGCCUCAUUUUCAAAUCUGACUGUCACUUUUAGGUGUCAAACAUUUACUGCCAAAACUUGUUCUGUUUUUCAGAGUCAUGCCGCAGCAGCACCUGCUCCUGUUCUCUUCCAGAGUCAACGCUUACAAGAAUACCAUGCCAUGUUUAAAUCUAAACUUCAACUCUACUUACAAUGGAGCUGGUUAUUCCUUUAAGAUGAUAAGUUCGGUACCAGGGCGAAGUUCCAAGUUCAUACUUCCUGAUUGGAAUCGACAUUCAAGAACGGGAGUCAACCACUUUUCAAUGUACAUCUGCGGAUCUAAUUAUUUAAAAGCAUCAGUCUUUGGAGUUUGUUGUAUUGUUUUUCUUUUAUUCUUACAUGUUAUGUGGCUACUCUGUCCAGAAGUUUGGCCUUACUUCUCAACUUCACUGGUUUAGUUUGAACCUCUGUUAUUUAACUAAAUUGUACAUUACAUUUUUUACAUACAAUAAAAGUAUAUG